UUGAAGUUUUCUUCUUCGACGUCUUCGUACGUCGGUUGCCUAGUGACUGAAAACGUCUGCUGCGUUUUCGCCAAAUCUCUUCGUUGACAUAUACGAUCCCACUUUUCAGCCCGUGUUCUCGCUGUAUGUCUACGUCUCAGACGGAAUAAUGCUUGUACCGUGCGCACGCGUCACUCCAGCGUCUCGCUCCGCGCUGUGACGAGUCCGACGGGAUGAAUAAUUAUGUUUUCAUCCGAGUUGUGGGGAAAGGCAGCUACGGAGAGGUGAACUUGGUGAGGCACAAGGCAGACCGAAAACAGUAUGUCGUCAAGAGGCUGAAUCUCUCCAACUCCCCGAAGCGGGAACGGCGGUCCGCGGAGCAGGAGGCGCAGCUCCUCUCACAGUUGCGCCAUCCCAACAUCGUGACGUACAGGGAGUCCUGGGAAGGAAAUGAUUCUCAGCUGUACAUUGUGAUGGGCUUCUGUGAAGCUGGCGACCUCUACCACAGGCUCAAAGAGCAGAAGGGAGAGCUUCUGCCAGAGAGGCAGGUGGUGGAAUGGUUUGUCCAGAUCGCCAUGGCCCUCCAGUAUCUGCACGAGAGGAACAUUCUCCACCGGGACCUGAAAACACAAAAUAUCUUCCUGACGAAGAACAACAUCAUUAAAGUCGGAGACCUGGGCAUUGCCCGAGUCCUGGAGAAUCAAAACGACAUGGCCAGCACACUCAUCGGGACUCCUUACUACAUGAGCCCUGAGCUAUUCUCUAAUAAACCGUACAACCACAAGUCCGAUGUUUGGGCCCUUGGGUGCUGUUUGUACGAGAUGUCCACACUCAGACACGCCUUUAACGCCAAAGACAUGAACUCCCUCGUCUACCGCAUUGUACAAGGAAAACUGCCUCAGAUGCCCAGCCGUUACGACCCUCAGCUGGGAGAUCUGAUCAAGCGCAUGCUCUCUAAGAGCCCUGAAGACAGACCUGAAGUGAAAAUCAUCCUGCGACAACCCUACAUCAAACAUCAAAUUGCAAUGUUUCUGGAGGCAACCAAGGAAAAAACUGCCAAGACAAAGAAGAAAACAGUGGGUGGCAACGGUGAUCUGAGGUCCAUCAGCGUGUCACCUGUCAUGCAAAAAAAGCCAACUCCAUCAAGGCAGAUGCCCCAAAGUGCUGCUGCUGUGAAGAAAGAAGAGGCAUCACAACACAGAGGGGUCCAGAGCAGCAGGGCCGAGAGCCCGCGGCCGCAGCUGCUGUGUCCACCUGCCAAUCAGAGCAGCACAUGUCUGGCGACCAUCAGCAACAUUGAUGUUGAUAUCCAAGAGCAACAGGAGGCUGAGCAGACAAACACAACUCCGAGUUCAAGUCAUGUCACCCAAAAUGUGCAAAAGGAAAGAGGGAAAUCACACCCCUCUCUGGUGUCUGUGAAACCCCUUCCGAGGCCGAGCUCAGGUGCUGGAAGGAGGGUGGGAGAGGUUCGGAAAUGCUCUGCUGGCUUCACAGACCUCCUCCCUGGGGCUCCAGAAAAGCCUGGGAAGACCUUCUCUCUGGGGGUCGUUGAUGGUAAACAGAUGCCAGACUCUGAUGAUGAACCAGGCACCUUGGAGUUACUCAAGGAAGCUGAGAUGAACAACGUGAAGCCGGUAGUGUCGUCCUCCAACCCUGAAGGAAGAUCUCAGAAAUGCAGCAUGGAAGACGUAGACCAGCAGGAAAACCUGGAGUCGACUGAGAUGCUGCUGCAGCCCUUUCCCUCCGCCCUGGAGCCAGAAGUGAAGCCUUCCAAUCAAAUGGACCAGCUCACUCCGACCCCGUCGUAUUCAGCAGCAGGACCUUUGCUCCCAAAUCAGCACAGUCUGAAGGAUGGUCGACGGAAACAUCAGCAGGAGGUGGUGGCUUCCCGACCUUUGCCCCCACGCCCGCUCAUGAGCAAACCUGUGGAGGUGAUGAAGCAGAGCAGGAAGGUCCCCCAACAGACAGCUGAUGUCCAUGUUCAGGCCUCUCAGCGAUGCCAGGAGCGCCUCCUGUCGGCUCGAGAGAGAAGAAGACUGAGGCAGUCUCUGGAGAGCCACCCGUCUGACUUGAGCUCCAUCAGACAAGCACCGUGCGGCACCACCCCGGCUGAGACUGCCCACGUCCCAGUGAGCAGAGCGGACUCUCUGGUGUCCAGCAGGCACGGCGUGAUCGUGAAGAGGUCAGAUGAUGAAGAUGAGGAUGAGGAGUGCAGCUCGUCCACCAGUUCCACAGAUCGCUCGGAGGGAGAUGAAAGAGAAAGGAAGACAGAAUCCACUGAGAUGCAGGAUUUGGUCCAAAUGAUGACCCAAACUCUGAGCAUGAAUGGUGGACAUGACGUGAACAAAGAGGGAUUUGGCUCAGUGGUGCUGCCAGAGUUUAAGCUGAACAGGAAGUACCGGGACACACUGGCGCUUCACGGCAAAGCUUGCUCCCAGACGGACGGCGUGUCUCUCAGCGAGAUACCAAAAGGCUUUCCGUCAAGGCCGGCAAAGAUACGGCUGGCGGUGGAAAAACUGAGGACAGAUGUGCUGAAGGGCCUGGGGGUCAAGCUGCUCGACAGAGUCCUGGAAAUCAUGGAGGAGGAGGAUGAUGGUGAACGAGAAGUAGGAUUUGCUCUGCUAUUUACGGAACGUUCUGAACAAGUCCAGCUUUAUCCAAGUGCAGGAGACGGAAACCCUCUAUUGUCUGUUGUCAGCACCUUUGGACGCCAGGGUGUGAUGUUCCUAAUCCUAAUUUCCUUCCAUUUUUCAGCGGUGUCUGCGCAGCCACAUGGGCGAUGAGAAGUUCCAAGCUUACGGCGUGAUGGUCAGCCAACUCAAGUUCCUUGAAGAAAUGUUCUUCAACACAUAAAGGGUCACUUCUCCCAGUCAUGAGGUCAAGACUGAAGCUGUUACAUGUUCCUGGUGAAUACACCCUUUAUAAGGACAUGUCCAAUAAUGUCUACGAAAUGACAUUGUUCUUGCAAUCAUAUGUAAAUAAGUGUAUUAUUUUAUCCUGCUCCGAUUUGUAUUUUGGUAGAACCUUAAUAAACAUCUUAUUAA